UUCUAGCGAGAUGUCCAGAACCAUCUAAACCUAAUAAUGGUACAGUGGUCACGUCUCCACUGUCCAAAUCAUUCGUACGUUCCUGGGAAGAGCAAGCCGAAUAUACGUGUGAUAAGGACUUCACCCUCACAGGAAAAAGGACCCGAAAGUGUUUUGGACUCAGAAAAUGGGUGUACAAUGAUAAGGAAGAAUAUUAUUAUAACUGGAACGGCGAGAUUCCUGUUUGCACUAUUGAUUCCUCGUUCUGUAAGGCCACAACAAAUAAAUUGGAGGUCUAUGGAAAUACAUGUUACCAGUUUUUCGAAGCCCAGACCCACAGUUACACUCAGGCAGAAUCAGCGUGCAAGGCUUUAGAUGACUGGGAGAUUGCUUUCAUUUCAAAUGUAGCGAUAGUGGAUAUAAUCGACAGUCAUAUGACUGCCUGGCAUCGUAUCUCUCAGCGAUAUUGGUUAAAAGUUGAUGAAAAUUAUAAGUAUCGUCGCGUUAACGAUUCAUUAUGUGCCUACGCCUUUGUUUACGUCCCCAAAUACAGAAAUCCAUAUGCUUGGAUUCGCUACUUCAGUUCAGGCAACGACUGUAACAACAAAUAUGGAUACAUCUGCCAGUAUAGACCGACAACCAGGA